GUCGCCGAACUCCCGUAUUCCACUUCGUCUUUGCCGAGCUGUCGCACAGCCACACAUUUCGCGAACAUCGCUGUGAUGGCCGCCCAAAGAGGUACCCUGGACGCCAUCAGCUUUGCUUUGAGUAAACUUGAAGAGGAAAAACUGCCUGAAGGAUUCAGGAUUGAGGCCACCAAGACUCAGCAAGAUGACAAUAAACUGUUCGUCGGAGGACUCCCGUACAAUAUCAGUAAGGAAACUCUUCUUAACUAUUUGUCUCAGUUCGGCGAAAUCUUAGAUAUAAUGAUUAAACUCAAUCCAGACACAGGACUAUCCAAAGGGUUUGGAUUCGUGCUUUUCAAAGAUUCUGCUGCUGUUGAAAAGGUGCUCCAAGUGAAAGAGCACAAAUUAGAUGGAAGGAAAAUAGAUAUAAAAAGGGCAAGAGCCAUGGAACCUAAAUUCCCCCGUAAAAAGGUUUUUGUAGGCGGGUUGAACCCUCAUACUUCAGAAGUAAAAAUCAGAGAGUACUUUGGGAACUUUGGAGAGAUUGAGAGUAUUGAGCUUCCAGUGUGCCCAAGAACAAAAACAAGACAAGCUUUCUGUUUCAUCACGUACACUAGUGAGAUACCAGUGAGAAAGCUGUUAGAAACGAGGUACCAUCUAGUUGGCUCUGGGCGCUGUGAAAUUAAAAUUGCUGCUGUGACAGAAAAUCGGAGAUGUCCACACAAGGGUGGAAGAGAUUUUCCAUUUGUUGGGUCACACAGCACCAGGGGAGGAGGCUGUGAAUUUAAAGGAAGAUCAAAUGCAAGUGGAGCUCACAGCGCAAUCCAAAAGGGUCCCGAGGUGUUUCAGAAUGAUUGGAAGGCAAUCCCAAAUAUGUGGGGAGAAAUACCGAGUGUUUGCGGAGCAACUGCAAAUGUUUGCGGCACAACCCCACACCUUCUUGGAGCAAACCCACACUACUGUGGGGCAAUCUCAAAUGUUUUCGGGGCAAAUCCAUAUGUUCAGGGGGCAAACCCAUAUCAACGCGGGCAGAUCCCACAUGUCUGCGAAACAAACGCCAAAGUUUGCAUGGCAAAUCCAAAUAUUUUUGGAGCAAGUGCUGAUGCAGCAAACCCAAAUGGCUUUGGAACAAAUCCAUAUGUUUGUGGGGCAAACCCAAAUGAUUUUGGAGCGAAUCCAGCAGGUUGCGUGGCAAGCCCAGAUGUUUUCAGAGCUAAUGCAGCAGUUUGCAUAGCAGAUCCAAAUGUUUUCGGAGCAAAUCCUGCUAUUUGUGCCGCAAACCCACUUGUUGGGGGGCCAAUGCCAGGUGUCUUUGGAGCUAUCGGAGAAGGGGGAUGUGUUUCUCCCAUGCUUGUUCCUGUUCCCUUCUCAGUCAUCAAUGAAGGACUUAACUUCUCUGAUCAAGUCAAUAGUAAUUUCCAGAACGUCAAUAAUAAUCCUCUAAGUUUUACUGGCUAUAGUGACUGUUUCCUUGGAUAUAACCAGGGGACUCAUGUAGCACCUAGACUUCAUAAUUACAACGUGCAAAUAAAUGAGGCCACUCCUUUUGGUAAUGAUAAGAAAGUUAUCAGCCAUUCUGAAGAGGAACAUUGAAGCCACUACUGAAGUAACCACUAGGAAUGAAAAUUUCAUUAUUCAUAGAAAAUGACCAAAUGACUGUUUUCUUAGAUGUAAUAACUAUUUCUCCCUAAACUGUUUCCAGCUGUUUUAAAACACCAGUUAUUUUUCCAUGACCGCUUGAAAUUGGAGUCACACCACAAGGAAACCAGUUAUGGACAGGUGUUUUUUUUUUUUUUUCUUUAAAUCCAAGUUCAAGAAUGUUUUCUGAAAAAUAAAUA